GCUAUUUCCAAAGAAGUGAACUGUGAAGGAAGGACUCAUGAGUUGUGAUCACAAGGGCUUGGAGAGCAUCUCUGAUGUCUCCUCCAAUGAGGACCUUCCUGAGGUCAAGUUGGUGAGCAUGCUGGAAGAACAGUUGCCAGAUUACAAGUUACGAGUAGACUCUCUGUACGAAAAUCAGGACUGGAUUCAGCGCCCUGCUUGCCAUGGCUGUCCUCUGGAGAUCGCUUCUCCAGCUCAUGAGGAGUCAUCCUUCCGUUACAUGAUUCUUGGCACAGAUAAUGUGGAACAGAAAAUUUACAGUGAUGCUGACAUGGUCAAACAUCUGUUAGCUGAGAAAGAUCGGGACCUGGAACUGGCAGCUCGAAUUGGACAAGCACUUCUUAAGCGAAACCAUCUGUUGACAGAGCAGAAUGAAGCAUUGGAAGAACAGUUAGGACAAACUCUAGACAGAGCUAACCAGCUGCAGCAUGAACUGUCAAAAAAGGACGACUUGCUGCGUAUUGUUUCCAUUGCUUCUGAGGAGAGCGAGACAGAUUCCAGCUGUUCCACACCACUUCGUUUCAAUGACUCUUUCAAUGUAUCACACGGGCUGUUGCAGCUGGAUGUCUUGCAAGACAAACUCAGAGAGCUGGAAGAGGAGAACCUUGCUCUCCGGUCAAAGGCUUGCCAUCUGAAGACAGAAACCAUUACAUAUGAAGAGAAGGAGCAGCAGCUGGUCAAUGACUGUGUCAAAGAACUGCGGCAAACAAAUGCUCAGAUUACCAGGAUAACAGAGGAGUUGUCACAGAAGAGUGAGGAGUUGGUUCACUACCAGGAAGAGAUCUCAUCCCUCCUGUCUCAGAUUGUCGAUCUUCAGCAGAAGCUCAAAGAACAUGUGAUUGAGAAGGAGGAGCUGAAACUUCACUUACAAGCCUCCAGAGAUGCUCAGAGACAACUGACAGCAGAGCUGCAUGAGCUGCAAGACCGGAAUGCAGAGUGUCUGGGGAUGUUGCACGAGUCCCAAGAAGAAGUGAAGCUGCUGCGCAGCAGAGCCAGCUCAGCCGCGUGUCUCUGCCACCCCCAGUCACAUGGAGCAUUUCCCGUGGAUUCCAUUGCAGCAGAAAUUGAAGGGACAAUGAGGAGGGAAUUGAGUCAGGGUGAUGAAUCUGUUCUCUCUAAGCAAAAGGGUCAACAGAAACGAGUAUUUGACACUGUCAAGAUUGUUAAUGUCAUUCGCGGCCGCUCCUCUUCCUUUCCUGCCCCACUGCCAAUCCCUGGAUCUAACCGGUCAAGUGCUGUUAUGACAGCAAAGCCCUUCCAGUCUGGUGUGCACCAGUUGGAGAGCCACACACAGAUGGCCCAGAGGAGCCACUUUGAGAAGAAUUUGAAGAACACUCCUAAUCCUGACCAGCCAGGAACCCCUGAAAACAGUGACUUAGUCACUGCACUGCACAGGCUCUCCCUCCGUCGUCAGAACUACCUGAGUGAGAAGCAGUUCUUUGAGGAGGAGUGGGACCGAAAAAUGCAUUUGCUGGCUGAGCAGAAAGAAGAGGGCAGUGGCUGUAGUACACCAACUGAAAGCUCCUCUUCCCUGGGUACAAACUCAGAGUUCACUGAUCUCUCUGCCAGCAGUGGUAAUCUCCGUGUCCUCCUACCAGAAAAAUUGCAAAUUGUCAAACCCAUUGAAGGAUCUCAGACCCUGUUUCACUGGCAGCAGCUUGCUCAACCCAACCUAGGCACCAUUCUUGACCCCAGACCAGGUGUUGUUACUAAAGGCUUUACCCCUCUGCCUGAUGAUACUGUGCACCACAUCUCUGACCUGGAGGAGGAUGAUGAAGAAGGUGGUGAAGGAGGUAUAACAUUUCAAGCACAACAGUCCUUCCCAGAGGAAAAGCAAUGUACGGUGGCAAAGCCAGGGAUAGGGAUUUUCCUGCCCCCUGUUACCUCAGCAGCAGUACCUCCCACCGUUGCAGCCUCAAAUCCAGGGAAGUGUCUGUCUUCAACAAAUUUCACAUUUACCUUUACUACCUGUAGGAUCCUUCACCCAUCUGAUGUCACUCAAGUUACUCCCAGCUCCAUGGGUGCUCCAUUUUCAGUGGGAAAUACUGGGAGCAGUAUUGGAACUCCAGUAGUGAGCACUCCAGCUAUUCCUUAUAGACUUAGUACUGGAGAAUUUCUCACCAACAGAAGAGACUCAACUACUACUUUCAGCAGCACAAGCAGCCUGGCUAAACUUCUGCAAGAACGAGGCAUCUCUGCCAAGGUUUAUGAUAGCCCUGUAUUAGAAAACCUGCCUUUGCUGCAGCCUCCUCGAAGUCUGCGCAUUCCUUCUACGCCACCAAAUUCUCCAUUGGGUUCGCCUUGUCCUUCUCCUCCACUCUUUGAGCCUCGAGUGCAUCACUCAGAAAAUUUCUUGGCUUCCCGACCAGCAGAAACAUUCUUGCAGGAAGUGUAUGGCCUAAAGCCUUCCCGUAACGCUCCAGACGUAGGCCAGCUGAAGAUGAACCUCGUGGACAGGCUGAAGAGGCUGGGCAUUGCCAGGGUGAUUAAGCCCUCUGAAACACAGGACUAUGAGAAGAACCAGAGGCCAGGGGUUAGCUUGCAGAGACAGGACCCUGCUGUGUUUUUAAAUGCAGGUAGCAACUUAAUGGCAGGACUGAGAAGAAAUCAAAGUCUUCCAGCCAUGAUUGGAGCAUUGGGAGCUCCAGUCUGCACACAGUCAUCAAAAAUGGAUAUACUAAAGGAGGACUAA